UCGGCUCCUCCCUACUCACCCGCCAGCGCGUUCGCCCGCUCAGUUGUUAUGGCGGCCUCUGCACUAAGUUUCGUUCGGAACCUACGCUGGCGGCGUAUCUGCGAGAUAAGAUCUGUGUAAAAGUGUGGGGAGCAGCAGCAUGACUUUACCUGGUGCAUCUGUCCACUGGUUCACACUGAAGGGAGAAAUCAACCAACUCCAGAUGGUAACCUACUGUUAACUGACUGCUGACCUGCUGCAGCCUGCUUGACUGGCAUUACUACUGACCUACCGUUGUGGUGCGUGCUAGCAGGCAAGUGCAACGUGUCUGCAUUCCAUCAGUUCAUCUGCACGUGACUGCGGCCACCAUGCAAGUCAGCCAGAAAGACUUUGAGAAGGCUCAAGAGCAACUGAAACUUUUGAAAAAAGAUCCUGGGAAUGAAACGAAACUGAAGCUCUAUGCUUUGUUUAAACAGGCUACUGAGGGUCCCUGUAAUUCUCCAAAGCCAGGUAUGCUGGACUUUGUCAAGAAAGCCAAAUGGGAUGCGUGGAAUUCUCUUGGCAGUUUGUCUCAGGAGAAUGCUAGACAAGAAUAUACUAAACUUGUCUCAAGUUUGAUCUCCGCAGAAUCUGCUGGCGAGAAAAAAGAUACUUCUCCAAAAGAGAGCAGUCAUGGUGGCUAUGAAACCCUAAUAGUUACCACUGAUAGCAAUAUCACAAAGAUAAUGUUUAACCGACCUGACAAGAAAAAUGCUAUCAAUCAUAAGAUGUACAGAGAAAUUAUCAAUGCACUUCAAGAAGCUGCCAAAGAUGAUUCUACCAUAGCAGUUGUUACUGGAAAUGGAGAGUACUAUACAAGUGGAAAUGAUCUGAAUAAUUUUUCUAAUGUCCAACCCAGUGAAAUGAAAAAGGCUGCAAAAGAUGGAGCAGAAUUACUCAAAGAGUUUGUGGGCAGUUUUAUUGAUUUUCCUAAACCACUGAUUGCAGUGGUGAAUGGCCCAGCUAUUGGAAUCUCUGUAACACUCCUUGGAUUGUUUGACGUUGUCUACGCUUCUGACAAAGCUACAUUUCAUACCCCAUUUAGCCAACUUGGUCAGAGUCCAGAAGGAUGUUCCUCUUACCUGUUUCCAAAAAUCAUGGGCUCAGCCAAGGCAAAUGAGAUGUUGCUUUUCAAUAAAAAGCUGACUGCAGCAGAAGCCUGUGCUCUGGGACUUGUGAAUGAAGUUUUCCCUGACAGCACCUUCCAGAAGGAAGUUUGGGCAAGGUUAAAAGCUUAUGCAAGUCUCCCCAAAAAUUCUUUGGCAGUGUCAAAGCAAUUGCUACGAAAUAUGGAAAAGGAGAAGCUCCAUGCUGUCAACAGUCAAGAGUGUGAAGUACUCACAGAGAGGUGGUUAUCUGAUGAAUGCCUAAAUGCUCUUGUCACUUUCUUUCAGAGGAAAUCAAAACUGUAAUCUUUACCAGUAGAGCACGUAAUGUUCUGGAAACAGCAAUUCACCUUCUGGCAGUAGUCUUGUCUGCCCUUAUCCUUAGUAAGCUUUCUCUGCAAAUAAUUUUACCUUUGAUGCACUAUAUUUCUCUACAGAGUACUGGGUUAAAACUUUUUCAUGAAAUUAAUGCUGUGUUAUGUGCCUUGGAUCCAUUAUGGUUAUUUAAAUUAAGGGAAAAGGUUCGUUAUCCUGUAGGCAGAAGUGGUGUUUCUGAAUAAUACUAAAGUGGAUUGUCACUUGAAAGAAGCAGCAAAUUCAAUAGCACUGUAUUUUGAUAGCUUUUCAUUGUCUUACAAGUGAUUUUUUUUCAUGUGGGGAAGAAAAUGCUGUAUUAAUGAAAAAUAAAUAUAAGUAUUUAAUUAA